GCAGAUGGCCAAAGAGAAGCCUGCACUGCGCGCGGCGCUUGCGGCCUUCCUGCAGAUGGACGGCCAGCAAGACGGCGCGCCCGCAGUUGCAUCAUACAAGUUCCAGUCUAGCAGCAUCGUCGAUUUGCUGGAGAAGUUGCUGGACAAAUUCAGAUCCCAGCUGGAUGAGGUCCAGACAGACGAGAGCAACAAGGCUCACGCGUUCGCCUUGCAGGACACGCACCUCGCCAAUUCGAUCUCGCAGCUAACUGCCGAGCGCGAGCGUAAAGCGGAGUCAAAGGCACAGACCGAGGCUGCUUCUGCGAAGGCUCAGGGUGAGUUGGCGCAGACCAAGUCCGACCUUUCUGACGACAAGGAGUUUCUAGCCCACGUGACAGCGACCUACGAGCAGAAGCAUUCGACUUACGAUGUCAACCAGGACGUCCGGAAGCAGGAGCUGGAGGCCCUCGCCAAGGCUAUCGAGAUCAUCGCCAACCCUGAUGUGGCCGGCAGCUAUGGGGAGCACAUCAACGCCAAGCUGAUGCAGGUCUCUGCCCACAAGCCUGCCAACCUUCUGCAGACUGGCAGCAGCAGGAGUGGCCGCGCUGUCGCGCAGCAGCGGGCCGUGGCCUUCCUGCAGAAGCGCGCUGCGGAGCUGAGCUCCCACACCUUGGCAGUUCUCGCGCAGGCCAUGGGCAGUGCCGCCGACAACCCGUUCGCAAAGGUCGUCACCAUGAUUGAGGACAUGCUGGAGAAGCUGAAGGCGCAGGCCGCCGCCGAGUCGGACCACAAGGCGUGGUGCGACGAGCAGCUGAAGGAGAACAAGCACAAGCGCGACGCGAAGAGCACUGCUGUGGAGAGGCUGUCUGCGGAGAUCCAGAAGCUCGCGGGCGAGAUCGCCGACAUGGGGCAGGACGUCGAUGCCCGUGUGAAGGAGCAGGCGGAGCUCACCCAGGCCAUGGUAGACGCCACGCAGAUCCGCCAGAAGGAGAAGGUAGAAAAUGAGGAGACAAUCGCGGACGCCAUGGCGGGCUCCUCCGCCGUCGCCAGGGCCUUGCAGAUCCUGCAGGAGUUCUACUCCUCGCAGUCCUCCCUCCUGCAGAGGGGCAAGCAGGUCCCCGAGAUGGCAGAGUACAGGGGCAUGUCCGGCGGCGGGGUCAUCGGCCUGCUGGAGGUGAUCCAGACGGACUUCAUGCGCCUCGAGGCCGACACGAAGGCCGCAGAGGCGCAGGCCGCCAAGGAGUACGACGCGUUCAUGUCGGAGUCGGAGGCGAGCAAGAGGAAGAAACACGAGGAGGAGGUGAAGCUCAAGCUCGGCAAGGACCAGUCGGAGUUCAACAGGGGGGAGCUCGAGAAGGAUCUGGCGGCCGAGCAGUCGGAGCUGGACGCCGCCAGCAAGUACUACGCGGAGCUGAAGCCGCAGUGCCUGGAGGUGCACGUAAGCUACGAAGAGCGCGUGCAGAAGCGCGAGGAGGAGCUGGCCGCGCUGAACGAGGCCUACGAUAUCCUCAGUCAGAAGUCUACCUGAGAAGCUCCGCGCUGCCGGUUGUCCCACCUCCCUGCCAUCGUACUCAGUAGCGACUAUUGUGCUGCCUGUGACUCAUAUUGCUAGUUGACCGAGGCUUUCCAGCGUUUACCAUGCCUCGUGCAACGCACUUCUGCAUAGUGUUUCGGAGAGCUUUGGCGUUCUGCACCUGAUAUUGGAAAAGUGUGCUCGUGGCAGAGUUCGAA